CAGGAGAUCAGAGCUACUUUAAAGACAAAAUUUGCUAUUCCUCUCCUACUGACGAUAGCAAGAGCAGGCUGGCUGUAAUUAGAAGGGCACAGAUCCUAGCCAUCCCUUCGUGGGCGGCAAGUGAUGUGAAGGGGUGCUCACCGCAGCCCUACCGAGACACUGCCCAGCCCCCGCCCGGGAGUGCCCCCUCACCACAGCGGGAGGGCAGCUCCCCAGCUCCUGCACUCCCUACCACCCGACGGCGGUGGAGGGAUGCUCUCAAACGACGUGGCUGGUGGAGUCAGCUGCUCUUUGAUGUCAGUACCUGCUCCAGGCUCGGCGGGGCGGGAGUGGGCGAGCGGAGCGCAGCGUAGCCGAGCCGCAGCCUCUGCUCCCCGGCUGCAGGACGGCUCCUGCCUCCCACACUCUGCCUGGCCCCCGGUCCGCCCUGCCGGGGAAAAGGAAGCCCCCCCACCCCAUCGCUGCCGCAGAUCUACCGAGGGAACUUGCCCAGUUUUCCCCGUCCGUGGCACCGGGACUCACGGCCAUGGCCCCCGCUAACUCCUCCCGUAACUUCUCCGCGCCGGAGGCUCGGAACGGCUCAGCAGCAGAGAAGCCAGCACCAUACACCAACGUGAUCAUGCCCAGCCUCUUCAGCAUCAUCUGUUUCUUGGGCAUUGUGGGGAACCUCAUUGUCAUCUACACUAUCAUCAAGAAGAAGAAGCUGAGAUGCAAACAGACUGUGCCUGACAUUUUCAUUUUCAACCUCUCCAUUGUGGAUCUCCUCUUCCUCUUGGGUAUGCCCUUUCUCAUCCACCAGCUCCUAGGCAAUGGCUCAUGGUACUUUGGAGCUCCCCUAUGCACUAUCAUCACCGCCCUGGACACAAACAGCCAGAUCACCAGCACCAACAUCCUUACAGUGAUGACACUGGACCGUUACCUGGCAACUGUCUACCCUCUAAAAUCUACCUAUGUCCGGACCCCAUGUGUUGCAGCUCUAGUCAUCUGCUUGGUGUGGCUCCUCUCCUUCCUGACCAUCAUUCCCGUGUGGAUGUACGCAGGUCUUAUGCCUCUGGAGGAUGGAACCGUCCGCUGUGCUCUCUUGCUUCCCAACCCAGAGACUGAUAUUUACUGGUUCACUCUCUAUCAGUUCAUGCUGGCAUUUGCUGUGCCAUUGAUCGUGAUCUGUGUGGUCUAUUUUAAGAUCCUCCAGCACAUGGCCACCACUGUGGUCCCAUUGCCCCAAAGGAGCCUCCGAAUACGUACAAAGAAAGUCACCCGCAUGGCAGUUGCCAUCUGCUCUGCUUUUUUCAUUUGUUGGGCUCCCUUCUACAUCCUCCAGCUGGUUCACCUCGGCAUCGACACACCAUCCAUGGCCUUCUUUUAUGCCUACAACUUUGCCAUUAGCUUGGGCUAUGCCAACAGUUGCCUCAACCCCUUCCUCUACAUUGCCCUCAGCGAGACCUUCAAGCGCCAGUUCUUAGUGGCCAUCCGCCCCGCAAAAGAGCCAUGUCGCAACAGCAGCUCUGUCAAUAACAACAGCAUGACAGAGGCCAGCGUAUGUCUGAAACUAGCACCAGAAUCCACCCAGCAGACUCAGUUUCUGGAUGACUUUUCCCCACGUUCACUGCCCGUGACUGUGGCUGUUCACUAGGGCACUCCAAAGCGACCACAGCAGAAAGCCUUCAGGUCUGUAAGUUCAUGGAGAAGUAGCAGCUUCAGGCAACUCUCGAUGAAGCGUGUGAACUACAAGCUUCCACCUGCAGGAGUCCAGGUGCCUCCCUUUUUCAUUGCAGGGCUCUGCUCCUACGCUGCCCCUGGCCUGUGAGAUGCUGCAUACUGCUGCUUCUUUCCACUUCUGCACAGGAGGACUUUGUCACACAAGACACUGGACCCCCAAUGGGGAUGGAUGGAAAAGAGAGAAAAGACAGAAAGAGGAUUUCAAGGGGGAACACUCACCCUGAAAGAGUGAAACCUCCACCAACAACACUGCCCAGUGAUUCCCCGCCUCUUGGCCUGACCAGGAUUCCCAAGCAGCAUGCCAAUACAGAGCUCCUUCAUUCAAAACUUGAACAUUUGAAACACAAUAUCAUAUACUUCUUUUUGGUAAGAAAUCUGACCUGAAAACUUUGAUGGUUGUGCUCACAUCCUAGAAGCAAACAGCAGAGAGAGAUCGUGGGGCCAGAAGUCUCACCUAGGUCUGCCACUUGGCUUCUUGGUCCAGCCACAUCUGCCUCCAGUGGGUUGCAUUGUUUGGCAACCAAGCUCUUUUCAAGAACUGGCUAAUUUUCAUGCUAAUACUAAACAUUUCAAGCAAAAUCAGGCAGAUAACAAUUGUACUGCUUCAAGGGACUGCAAAUGAUUAUCAAAACUACUGCUGCUAACACCAGCUUUGUGGCUUUUCAUGCCAAUGAGCCGAUUUUUGCACUGCUAGUUCCUCAUGCUGCUCUUGUGCCUCACAGUCUGCAUGGCCAUCAGGCAACCCCAGGAAGAGGGUUUUAAACACAACUAAAAACCACAAUGUGCAUAGAUCUGUGGAGCAAGAAGAUGUGAAAAGGCAGCUCAGGGGAAGCAGAGCUGCUUAUGCAGCUUCCUCAGAAUAACAAAUGCUUUACAAAGUUAAAAGAAGGAAAAUUAAAUGUCUGAUUUGUAAAUGCAGCUUUAACGGUCACAGAUUAGGAAACAACUUUGCUCAUUACAUAAAGACAGCACGGAUCAGCUAAACGCGGGGGAUUACACUGAUAGCCUGCCCAGGGGACCGUGCAGGCAUUGUUCAACGUUAUGUCAAACAUGAAGAAACUGGUUACUGUAGAUGGGUUUAAUAUAAUGAAGAAUUAAAAACAUCAGACAGCACAAAAUUUGUUACCACGCUUAUGGUUUCAUGCCACCAGCCACCCACAGUACACCCAGAACAGAAAUUCACCCUCACACAGCAAAACUGUCCCACCUACACACGAACACCAAAGCCACACACACUAACAGCUGCACCCAACACGCCCCCACGCACACUCACGGUGGUUUUAGGCACAGCCAACACCUGAGUCUUCAUCCUGCAGAGAACAUUGACUCACCUCCAGCGGUCAGAGCAGGCCAGUGCGCAACACCGGCACUUCCAGCAACAUCAGACACAGCGCGUUGCUUUUUGAGUCACCGAACCACCCGCAUAGCGGGGUCUCUGUAUUUUCAUUCCAGGCUCUGUCAACCGGCACCCACUGCAGCAGCACAUCCACACCCUGACUGUACGGUAUCUUAUAAAUUUUUCACCCCUGGGCAAUAAAGCCAGACAGAUAAAAGCAGAGCUUUCAAGCUUUAUGACAUUUUAACUGCUAGGAAUUUUCACCUGUGCUGGUUUUCAUGGAGCUGAUUUGCUCUUUGUUCAGUACUUUCCCCAAAGUGCUCAGGAGCAAAGGUCGAGGACAAUGCGUGCUGUGCCAAGCCAGACAUGCUCUCAGGACACGGGAAGCUAUUGUGCUCCCUCUCUCCCAUAAGGAAGUUAAGGGGAGGACUGGUAUGCUUCCCUGUGAGAGGAGGUGGUGAUGGUUGGGCGUGCUGUUGGGGUUAUUUUUCUCCUUUAAUACCAGCAAUGAGGAAAGUGAAAGCAGACUGGAUUGUCAGGGCUCUCAGAGGGCAGCACACUGAAGAUAUUAUCUCAUUUACAGUAAAGGUGUUUAUGGUUGAACACUAGUCUGCUCCAGUCUUAAGUGAAUCAGUCUGAUGUAAUGUGGCCAAGCCACGUGCUAAAAACCACAGGGCCACUGUGGGCUAAACAAGACGGGUGGUCAGCACCAGCUGCUGCAACACUGGGAAGGAUCUUUGUGGGAUAGAUGUUUUCCAAAUCUCAUCACGCUGCAGCCAAGGCACAGUACACAACCAUCUUGCCAGCCUGAAGUCCUUUUAGAUCCCAUUUAUGUGAAGGGGAAAGUCAUGCUAGAGAGACCUGCUCCAAGCUUUGAGGCUUCUAAUUUAGUUGGUGGCCCAGCAGAAGCACCUGGCCCUUCCCACCACCCUGCAAGGGCUCAUGGUUUCCACUCCCUCCUGUUCCUCCUGCCUGUCCCCAAGGGGUUUCCUAGUUCAGAUGUCCCAAUGCUGGAAGUGGGGUCCCAUUUCUUUCCAUAUAUACCCAUAAAAGCUCCAGCAAAUGUACCUUGGGAAGAUGCGGAUGCAUGGGGAUGUGCUGGGAGACUGGAAAAAGAGGUACAGACAAAGGAAACUAGCAAAGAACACAGGCAGCUUUUUCCAUCUUCCCUAAAUCACCCCAAAGCACAGAGCACGAUGAACAAAAGCCUCUCCUUUGAACACGAACCUUUUGAUCAAACAUCAGAGGUGUCCCUCUACGUAAGGGAUAAGGUAAGGACUUCCAAUAGCUCUACAGUCUCUGUGCACCUUGGUGUGACCUAUUCUAAACACCCUACUCCUUUUCCCCUAUAUUUCAGAGCCAGUUUUGUUAAGUCAGAGAGUCUGUUUAUGUUCUGGUUUGUGUUCAGUUUUACCUCUUUGUCUAUUUGGCUCUUUGUAUUCAUUAUGUAAUUCCCCCGCACCCCCCAUCUCAGUGCCUCAGUUAUUGAUUGCAGACCCUCAAUAAAAGGUAUUGGGAAUAAAAGGUAUGGCUAAGUAGAAAAGAACGCAGCUACUCAGGUGGAGACAGGCAGCUGAAGAGCUGUGAGGCCCGUCUGAAAGGUGCGAUGAGAAGAGCACAGAGAUAACGUGGUGUUUCCCGCAGCCCUGCCUCCCGUACACAGCCUGUUGUCUCUCUCACUUGAGAGAAACUAAGGGAAAUCCAGCUGAAAAACCUGGGGGAAAAGCACUCCCAAAACCAAAGGGUGAAAGAAACUAUGCCAUCUAGUUGUUCAGAAGAGCAGCUUGCCACACUGGAUGAGACAAAUUUCCUCGGCUCCUUUUGCCAGCACUUUUUCUGUGUGUUCAUGAGCUGCCUUGUCAGGCAGCAGGAAAACAGAUGGGUUCACUCUCCACCCCCUCCUCUUCCCCUCCUUGUCCUUAGAGGUGCGACUGAAGCCACAUGUCACAGCUCCGCUCUUGACAAACUCCCACAAAGGGCAGAUGGUCCAGUCGCUUACUCCUGCUUUCCCAGCUAGCGACAGACCCUGCUUGGCUGCUCACUGCAAGGUUCAGCCCCUGGCUCACCCUUCUCACCUUUCUCACUUUACAGAUCCCCACAUCCACUCCUGCCUUCCCCACAGACACAGCUGUGCCAAGCCAGCCCAAAGGACAAGCUGGAGCUGAGGUCCCCAAAGCCCUGCCGGGUGACAGGCUGGUGGCAUCCUUCCCCAGACAGCCUUGUCCACCUGAAGUCUCUCCCAGUUAAACCUGCCCAGGAGCAGACUGCAGCUGUGAUGGAGAACAAGCACAACACUGGCUGCUGCUGGGUGGGGAGGAGGGAAAGGUGAGGUGACUCACUGGCCCCUGGGACACAGCCAGAACCUGACUAAUCACGUUUCAUCAAUCCUCCUGGGCUGCUAAUUGAACUCAUUUUAUUCAGCAUGCUCACUGGUGGGAGAGAAGCCACGUGGCAGGUACAGAUACAUUCCCAGCCCACUCACUCCGCAUUAGCCCUCCUGCCAGAUGCAGGGACCACACCAUGAUGCCCUUUCUCACUCACCUCCCAUUAGCAAAACAACACAGCUAAACCCUCCCACCCCCCUGUAGCCUUUCCACCAGCUCCAUCCCUGCUGUGGGGCUGGGGAGGGGGCAGAACACAGGAAAGCAUCACCCACAGCAGAGCAGUCAAAGUGGAGGGAUGUCUCAUCUACAGCC